AUGGGUGAUGCGCGGAAGAAGAAAAAGUUUUACUUACGUAAACGUAGAAACAAAUACUUCUUGGAACCCGGCUUCAAAGGUUUCUUUUGCACGUGUAACUUCAGAGAAAAAGACUGCGUGAAAGAAGUGUAUAAUCUGUUGAAUGAAUAUGCUGGCAAAUUGUAUCCUGAUCUCGGCUUGGAGCAUCAAUCGGCUGUUCCUGAAUCUGCUGUGCCUGAGGACAAAACAGACAGUGAGUCCGAGGAAGAGACUGAUAUAGGUGAUGUGCUGAGGCGAGAAGUGGACUUACUGAAGAAAGAGUCUCAAAAAUCUCUGAAGCACAAAAGGUUCCAGGUAGUGGAGACUGGUGCAUCUAACUGCAUUUUUGUGAAAACAAAUUUACCAAGUCCGGAAGAGCUGACCUCAGCGAUAAUAAAAGAUUUGGUCACAACCAGACUCUCAAAAACGCGUCAUGUGUUACGUUUGCUACCAAUAAUGGCAACCUGUAAGGCCAACUUGCCAGAUAUUAUGGAGUGUGCUGGCAAGCUGUUUGAUAAAUACUUCUUGAAACAAUCAUCCUCAUUUGCCAUCGUCUUCAACAAACGUUUCAACAGCAGUGUUUGUCGAGAUUUGAUCAUCAAGGAAUUGGCAGAGAUGGUUGUCUUGAAAAACGCCAACAACAAAGCAGAUUUGAAAAAUCCUAGACUUUGUAUAAUAGUGGAAAUUAUAAAGGGUAUUUGCUUGCUAAGCAUUGUUGAUAAUUAUUUUACCUAUAAAAAAUAUAACUUGAAUGAGCUGUCUAAAGAAGAAGCCUCAAAUGAUUCUGAGGGUAGUCAAGCUAAAAAGUUUAAAGGUAAUGGGACCUCAUCAAAUGAAGAAAACAAGGAUAAUGAAGUUGUUAACUUAGAAGUCACUUAG